GACACAACACAAGAUGUCUUCUCCCGAGUUGGUUGUCUUUCAGAAGUCUUCUUCAGACAUAGCUGAUGCCGCAAGUGGUUUGCUCUCCUCAUUUCCAGUAAAGCUCUACUCUAAGGACAUCAUCGACUCAAAAUUGCGCGACAAUGUUACUGGUAUGACGGGCCUGGGUCCUGAUCAAAAAGCGAAUCUGCUUUUGAAAGGAAUCGAAGAUAAGUUAAAACAUGCUAAGAGUGAAAAAGAAAGAAAGGAGCUUUUUGAGCUGAUCUUAAACGUGAUGGAUGAUAAUAUACCAUUGGAUAGCGUUGCUGAAAAGAUGAGGGAGGAGUAUCAAAAAGAAGUUGCUAAACCUAAGAAGGAAAAAGAAAAGUCGUCAAGAGAAGUUAACGAUGGUCCUGGAGUUACGGACUCGGGUCAAGCUCAGGUCGAUAGACCAGCUAUGAUGAAAGCUUUAAAUGCUGUGGGCCAGCAGCUUAGCCGAGUUCAACAUAGUCGGUACCACUUAGCUGUUCUGAUACUAAUGGAAGGAGAUAAAGUAGCCACUCAAGGGGAAUUUCUUCAAUUGUUUCAAACGGCACAAAAGAAGUUAGGAUCCUGUCAAGAUGCCAUUGCGUUUACUAUUGCAGUACUUGAGAGAUCUCACUUUGGCAAUACGGAGGAUCUCAAACCGUUUGCAUCAUCUGGCUAUGUUUUAGAUGAUAGCGUAGAACUUUUUUUGGCCAUUAAUGAUUUUUACAAUCAAAUGAAUGAUAAAAACUUUAGCAGUGCUAAGGUCGUUGUAUCUGGUUCAUUUUUCAAUUCUCGUGACUUGAGUGAGUUGGAUCGGUCUGGGUUAGUGUCACUGCUGUUCAGUGAAGGAGUUGUUGCUAUUGUGGAUGAUGCUGUUUCAAAAAUUGAAGGAUUCUUGGACUCAAAGUCUUAUAAAGGAUUUGAGGAGAGAUGUAAAAGAUCUGCUGCUGAGAGAUCAGAUACCAAACCUCCCACUACAGGAGCAAGCAAUACCCUUCCUAGUACCAAUAAAGUUCCUAUAGGGUCUCAUGUUAAUGGUGGUGGAACUAAUGGAACGACUAACGCUCCUGUUCCAAAGCGCCGAGUUGAGACUGAUAGCCCUGCUGUAGAUGAAGCAACAAAGCUCCCUGACCAUAAGCAACACGGUGUCAUUGAAUUUGAAUGUGACGACAAGUUUAAAGAGAUAGCUUACAAGAUGAAUAAGCUGUCCCGUGGCUACUGUAUAAUAAUUAACAUGAAGAAAGACCGUGAGGAAGGAAAUCAAGAAGAUAUUAAUAGUUUGCGUACUUUAUUGAAGAUACGCUACAAUUCACCUUUAAAGUAUAAUUAUGAUGAUUUAACCGAGGAACAAAUUGAAACGUUGAUGGGAAAUAUUAGGGGAGCAGAUCACACUCAGUUGUGCUGUUUCGUAAUGUUCAUUCUCGCUCACGGUGGAACUGAUAAAAAAGAUGGGUCUGCUUAUUUUCAAACAUCACAUGGGGAAAGAUUAAAAGUAUCGAGCAUUAAGCAUCAAAUUGCAGAGAUUGAUGAGUUGAAUGGUAAGCCAAAGCUGCUCUUUCUCCAGUUAUGCAGAGGAAAGAGAUACGAUCAAGGAGUUGAAGUGGCAGAUGAACCUCCUUCCAAACCAGAAAAAAUUCCAACUGGUUCUGAUUUCUUGACAUCUUUUCCGACGAUUGAGGAUUACAUUGCCUGCCGAGGUGAUAAAGGAUCUCGUUUUAUUCAAAGUUUAUGUGAAGUCUUCACUGUCCAUUAUAGAAUGUUUGAUGUCGGAGCAAUGAUGACAAUGGUGACCAGGAAGGUAGCUGAUAUGUCCGGCUCAGUGAAAAGGGGAAACAACUCUACAGUGAAUAAUGUGAAGCAAAAUCCCGAGACUACGUUCACGUUUAGAAAGACUCUUUACUUUGGGGAACCUGAUAAAUUAGCAUAUCAGUACAUUAUGCGGCAGCAGUAAUAAAAUGCUAAUUAAGAUUAUUGCAGUUGUUUUGAUAUUGUUAACUGUAAAUUUAAUAAUUAUUAAUAAAUUAAUUUUAAUCA